AUGAAGUUCGUAGAAGAUAUUGAAUGGGAAAGAUUUGUUGUCUCGAUUAGCGAGAUGACACCGAAUAUUUGUCCGGCUUGGAGAUAUUUUUCAGAUAUUAACUUAUUGCUAAAAAUGUUUCGUCUCCUGAGCAAUAUUCGUCUAUUCCACAUCCAAUCUUGUAUGAAUUUCUGCUCAUCUUCUGCCUCAGUGGUUGACAAAAAGCUUCUUGGUGAGCUGCGGAAAAAAACUGGUUUUACUUUUGUGAACUGUAAAAAAGCAUUGCAGCAAUUUAAUAAUGACAUAAAACAGGCUGAGGAAUGGCUUCGAGAACAAGCACAAAAAGAAGGUUGGCAGAAGGCUAGUAAAUUGCAAGGAAGGCCUAUGUCCCAAGGUUUAGUUGCUGUGAUGACGGAGGGAAACAAAGCAACUAUGAUAGAAAUAAAUUGUGAAACAGACUUUGUGGCUCGCAAUCAAAAGUUUCAUGAACUAGUACAGAAACUUGCAGCAUCUUGUCAACAAUACUUUACUGAUUGUUCUGAUACAAAGGUAUUACUGAAGAAAGAGGAAGUAAAUAAAAUUAGUGUAGCAAGUCAAGUGACCCUAGGUGACUUGGUGGCCCAGGAAGUUGGCAACAUUGGAGAGAACAUGUCAUUACGGCGAGCAGCCUUCUUGCAAACAUCUUUACCUGGUGGAGUAAUUGGAUCUUAUAUACAUUCCAUGCAAGGUUCAGGAAAAGUGGGUGAGUGUACUGUGGGUAAAUUUGCUGCUCUCGUCAGUGUUCUUCCAGAUGGUGCUGAUAUUAACCAGCAGACCAUGAUUGAAAUUGGUCAGCGUCUCUCCCAGCAUGUGGUUGGCAUGAACCCAUUGAAGAUCGGAGACCCGGAAAAUGACACGCCUGCUUCAAACAAAGACAAUGAGAAAUGUCUCAUUUUUCAGGAGUUUUUAAUGGACGAAAACAAAACAGCUGGCCAAUACAUUGCAGAAAGUUCUGUUACAGUUGCUGAUUUUGUGCGGUUUGAGUGUGGAGAGGAAUUGUCUGAGGAAAUGGUGGAGCAGGCACCUGUUGCAGCUGUUGGGGCUUAA